AUGAAAACCAUGUUCUCUGCCCUAGUAGGGUGUGACAAACCUGAAGGAGCUCUUAGAUUGAACGUGCCUCUUUGGGAUGUGAAUAAUCUUUACUCGCGCAUAUCGAGUGCCUUUGGCGCAGCAACCACCACGCAACCACCGCAGGUCGCACAGGGAAAUCCCUCAGCAGCUGGGCCUUGGGACGCCUAUUACAAUGCGAUGUUGCAGAAGUAUUACAAAAAAAAGCAAGCACUCUUUUCUCCAAAUGAGGCGAUGGCAGUUGAUCCCUUACCUUUGCCCGUACCUAUUCCAAUGCCACUUCCUCGGCCCCCGCGACCUUUGCGUCCUUUGCGGCCCCUGAGGCCCCAGAUUCCGAAUCGACCAAGACCCAGGCCAACUCGAAAACCCACUAGAAGGAGCACGACAACCAGAAGGCCAACAACAACCACUCAGAAAACCACAACCACUAAAAAAGCUACAACAACUUUGUCCACAUCAACUUCAUCGCCCGUAUCCAUUUCGAGUACUUCGACUACAGUUGCGUCUACAACUAAUUCAACAACCGCUGAAUCGUCGACUACGGGAGGAUCUUCUACAACAGGAGGCUCUUCAACAACUGGAGGUUCUUCUACAACUGGAGGCUCUUUCACAACAGGGUCUUUUACAACAGGAUCAUCAACGACAGGAUCGUCAUUUUCAUCUUCACGGACUAGAGCGAAGAAUGGAUAUUUACGAGCCACAACGGCCAAUCCAUUUUAUUCAUACCAUAAUCGGAUUCAGAGCAGUCCCAUUUCAACUCCGACUGUGCUCAGUCUAGAGGGUCUGCCCUCAACUUCUGCUGACUUCCGUCCUGAACUGCAACUUACAAUACAAUCAGCACCUCAGUCCAUGUCAACGCUGUGCCAUAACUAUCCACGCCUUUGUGCUCAUCCCGAGGAGGCGCAAUACGUACGCUUAACCGAUGGAUUCGGCAAGCCCAUGCUACUUAUAACGCCUGGAGGGAUUACACAGAACCCGCUCUUUACAGAACCCAUGGAACGUCCCAUUACCUCGAAACUAAGGCACUUAAAGUUGCAGCCCUCAAUGAAACCAUCUAGAAAUAAAUAUAUUUACAGGCUUGUUAAAAGAAAUCAAAGAUCUUAA